CUUUGAGCAGGCGGCAGCGGCGGCUCACGGGCAGCCCGGGGCCUAGUGGAAGGGGCCGGGCUGGCGCGGGAAGAAGGGGUCGCGCCGCCAUGGAGGGGAUGGACGUGGAUCUGGACGCCGAGCUGAUGCAGAAGUUCAGCUGUCUGGGAACCACCGACAAGGACGUGCUCAUUGGCGAAUUUCAGCGGCUCCUUGGCUUUCAGCUCAGCCCGGCUGGCUGCGCCUUCUUCCUGGACAUGACGAACUGGAAUCUACAGGCAGCCAUUGGAGCAUACUAUGAUUUUGAAAGUCCAAACAUCAAUGUGCCCUCCAUGUCCUUUGUAGAAGAUGUGACUAUAGGAGAAGGAGAAUCCAUCCCUCCCGAUACACAGUUUACAAAAACGUGGAGGAUACAAAACACAGGGACAGAAGCAUGGCCACCAGGAGUUUGUCUCAAGUAUGUUGGGGGAGAUCAGUUUGGCCAUGUGAACAUGGUCAUGGUCCAAUCGUUGGAACCCCAGGAGAUUACAGAUGUCAGCGUUCAGAUGUGCAGUCCCAGUACUGCAGGAAUGUAUCAAGGACAGUGGCGGAUGUGCACUGCUACAGGACUUUAUUAUGGAGACAUCAUCUGGGUGAUCCUUAGUGUGGAAGUUGGAGGACUUUUAGGAGUAACGCAGCAGCUAUCAUCUUUUGAAACAGAGUUCAACACGCAACCACAUCGUAAGGUAGAAGGAAACUUUAACCCGUUCGCCUCUCCACAGAAGAACAGGCAACCAGAUGAAAACAACUUAAAAGACCCUGGGGGUUCCGAGCUAGACACAAUCAGCAAAAACACGUGGGGGCCUGCUCCUGACCAAAUUGAACAAGAUCAGACUGAACUGUCACAAAACUCUGUAAAUCUCUCCCCCAGCAGUCACUCAAACAACUUAUCAGUAGUGACAUACAGUAAGGGUUUUCAUGGUCCUUAUCCCUUUGGACAGUCUUAAAAACAAAAACGGGUAUCGUCAAGAAGAGAAUUUGACAAAGAACGGACAUUGGAGAGAGAGGAAGUUCUUGUGGUUCAUAGAAGAUACAUCAUGAACUCCCUUCUUACUCUCCAUAUCCUGGGAUAAGAAGAAAACAAACAAUAACUUAAGACUAGUUGUUUCCAGAAAAAAAAAAAACCCUAAAGUAUGCAUGUGUGAAUGCUGAAUUUCAGGAGUGCUGUUCAGUGCUAUGAGAGAGAAAAAUACACCAAUGUUUUGUUUAGAAGUUAUUGUCACAGUUAAUUAGGUAGCCUAAAAGAAAUUUUUUAAAAAGAUUAAAAUGGAGAAGCCAUCUCUUUUUAAAAGAAGUUAUUUUGCCUACAGAGCAGUUGUAGACUGAGCAAAUGUUAUUUUUUUUCACGACUUUUAAAAGGGACAGCGUGCAUUUUUAUAGAAAUGUGCUUGCUAUGAAAUAGAUGUUUUACUUAGCAUUUUCUUGGUUGGUGCAGCUGCUAUUUGUAUGUCAGGUGAUAUUAAUUUCUAGCUGGAUUCAUAACCAGGUCCAUGAAUUUUAAUGUUUUUUUAGUUGCUUUUUAAUUUGCUGUUGGCACUAUGCAAUAGUCAUCUGCUUGUUCUUUUCCAUUUAAUAAAAUUGUUCAAGUCCAGUUUCACCAUUCAGAGAUAGAUGAGAAAGUAGAAAGGAGUAUGAUGACAGUGGAGAGUUGAAUACGUACCUGCUCAUGCUAGAUUUUAGAAGUUUUUCCUGAAUAGGUUAGAAAAUUGCCAUAUUCUCAUUUUCUUAAAUAUGCCGUGGCUGUUGUUGAAACAUCUGUAUGUCUAUGUCCAUUUUGUGCCAAGAAGAAUUUUGAUUUCUGGAAUGUUAGAUCGCAUCUUAUUACUGUUUCCUGGCAUUUUUAGACAUAGGAGUAAGUAUCACAUCUUCUUUUCUGUAGAGAGAUAAUUAAUUAUUUUUCUCUGUUGAAAGCGACUGAGUACCUUAGAAUAUAUAGGAGAAGGAAUCAGCAGCUGCCAUUCAAGUAAUUUAUUUUAUCAACUUUCUACUUUAAACCUUGGUUUUCUAGUUUGUAUAUGAAAAGCUAGUGUUGCUUGAAGUCUGCCUAUGUGCAACCCAUGGAAAAUGAUAGCCAUAUAUAACUGAGGCCAAGCUGUCCAGUUAACAGAGCAUGGUCUCUUGAAAUUCUUGGGGUUUGCAUCAGUGCAAGACUUUGAAAAAGUGGGCGGGGAAUCUGUAAUUCAGAAACUUGAACUAGCAGCCAUCUGCCAAAGAGAGAAAAAUAUGCAAUACCCCCUUUCUUUGAUUUCACUCAAAAGACCAAACUGCCUAUUUUGUGUUUGAGGGAAUGAUGUCGACACAUAUUCUGAUGAGAAUGUAAUAGAGACUAUUGCUGGACUCAGAGUAUUAUCUUCUAAAUUAACUUUUCAUAGGCUGGUGUAAAGAGUCUUUUAAAUGUAUGAUACUCUUGACCACAAACUUGUUUCUUGCCAGAUCAUAUAAAUAGCUCCUGCAGAGUCUGACUGACUGAGAUCUGAAGAAGCAGGUAUUGAGAGAUGCAAUUUUCCUAGGACUGCUUAGCCAUCAAAAAUUGUUUGCUCUUUUGAGGGAUAUUUUUUUUCUUGUCAGCUAAUUUUAUUUAUCAGCCAUAAACACUGGGAGAUAUUAAUGCAAAAAUAUAAAAACCCUUACCUUGAAAAGGUAAAGGAUGGAGUAUAGGUACUGAAAGAUAUUUUCCAUUACUCCUCAACCAUUUUUCUAAUAUGGAUCUCUAAAUAUUUAUCUUAAUCACUUCAAGCAAUAUAUUUUCCAAAUUCAAAAAAGGACAUAUAAACUGAUUAUGUACAGCAUUACUCCUGUUUUGUUUUAAUUUCUCCCUUGCUGUAGGCAAGCACCUUUCUAGAUAGGCCAGCAAAAGAUUGAGUGACCAGAUGGAAUAUAUGUGUGUAUGCAAAUGAGUGAGUGUGUUCUUUGGCAGCAAUGAGGGAAAUCUUAAAAUAAGUCGUUAACCAAAUCCAAACAAUUUUAGCUUUUUGUUUGAAACAGUUACCCACAUAUUUCAACUACAUAAACAUCCAGCUUUUAUUGUAAAAAUUGUGUACCAUUUUUAACAGUGUGCAGAAGGAAAAUUGAUAAUUACCAGCCAACAGCUUACUUGUUGGUGGCCCUUUCUCUUUGGUAAUUUCAAAUAUUUUCUCUUUUCUCAAGUGCUAGUGACUUACACGAAUUGAACAAGUCUCUAAUAUAAAAAAUGCAAAAGCCAGCAGCAGUAAUGAGUUACAGUAUACCCUACAUUUGAAUUUCCAAGAUUGUUUUCCUCUUUAGGGAUGAACUCCCUUCAGCUAUGAAAUUUAAUCUGAGAGUAUUUUGUAUAAGGGGACGGCCCUUUUAGGGAUGGCAAUGGGAAGAUGUUUAAAUUGUUUACUAUUCUUCCUUUGGUUUCUCCAUCCGAUUUAUCAAAUAGUAAGAUCUUAGGGCUCAGAGUAUAAUUCCUGAGUUAUAAAGCCCCUUAUGAUGAUUUUGGGCUUAUGACAAAAUCAUGUUGAUUAGGUUGGAAGCAGCACUUUCAUGUUUGAACUGUUAAGGACAUAUAUCUAUCUUGGCAUCAAGGCUUGUUUUCAGAACUAUGUAAUACUUAUAUCCCAGAACCAACAGGGAAAGUUUAUGCAGUACGUUGCAUUUUUCCAUUCCCAGUGAAUGAAUGGGCUGUAACUUUUAACAAUUGCAUGGCAGCAGGAACUAAAAAAGUGCAGAUUGACAAAGCAUGAUAAUUCAGUAAUGUAAGAAAGCUGUUCUAGAAUUGCUGCAUGAUAUGCAAUAAAGGCAGAGAUCUCUUAUCAGAAAAAUGUGAUAGUGUUAGGGUUGAAGUUUUUCAUGUUGACCUCACUCCAGACACCACCCCUGUACAGUUUUCAGUUUAUCUCUGCACAUUGUCAAAUUUGAAAUUGGCACGAGUGUUUAGAGUGCAAUCGGUAUACAUUUGAAAGUUGUAAUGGCUCUCACAAUGUUGCUAACUAAAACAAACACUCCCAUCAUCUUCAAAUGGUACAGUGUACAUACAUCUCCUUAUUUCCUAUAGCAUCUGUAGAAGAAGAUUAAUGAAAUCUUCAGUAGAAAUGUCCUUCUACUGAAGUGAUAAUAGUAUUUGGUCAUGAAGGAAGCUUGAGCCUGCUUGAUCCAUGUCUGUGUCCACUCGUACUUCAUUUCUCUUGUGUGAUUAGAAAAAAUUAUGAUGGAUUCCUGCAAAGAAUAAAUGCCAGUAAUUAUAAUGUAGUAAGUUGUUUUCAAAAUUUAAAUUUUUUAAAAUGCAAGCUUAACCAUAGCCCAAACUAUUGAAUUUGAAUAUGUUGGUAACCAACUUCUGUACCUGGAAAUAUGACUCCAGCCUGGAAUGGGAAACACCCAGACUCUUCACUGGAAAAUUGGACAAAGUCCUCUGAUAGAAAAUAAGCUCUGGCUGCUGGGUGGGGUGUCAACUUGUACCAACAGACUGGCCUAGGUUAUUGCCAUUAUGUGGAGAAAAUAAUAAGUGCAAAGUAAGGUGGAUGCAGAGAUUUGGAAGUGUGUACUACUUAUCCUUCCCUGUUGCAAAUGAACCGCAUCUUGAAACUUUCUAGGGACAAAUAUAGCUGAAGUUCACUGGGAUAAGAAAUGCACGCUGUCCCAUGUCCAGGUUUCCAUAUAUUUUUUUUUCUCUUGUGUGAAUGAUUGAUUCUGCAGCCUGUCUUUAUUCUCUCUGGGGGGAGUGCAUGUGUAGAGCAGGAUGGUGUGUUGCUUCAUUGAGUCUGGGAAGAAUCCUGUAAUAGCACAUUGUGGGAAAAACAAAGAUGCUUUUUCCUUAAUGUAUAAAUGAAUAUUUGUAUGAUUAAAUUAACACAAAACAA